UCUGUAUCCAGAUGGCCGAAAGUACACAUGACGUGGCCACUAAAGAUGCCGGAAACUACCAAUACAUCAAACAAAAGCUGAUGGUGCUGCUCGUAGGCCAGAUUGCAUCUUGUAUGAUAGCCGGCACGAGUAUCAUCAGCUACACGCUAGCAAACGAAUAUAAUAUAGACAUGCCCGCUAUGCAGUCCUUCCUAAACUACUUGUUUUUGUUUGCCAUCUAUGGAAGCAUAUACUGUGCAAACCACUCAUUCGGGACGACGUUUAGGAAAAAAUGGAUGACGUAUUUGUUUUUGGCAUUUGUCGAUGUUGAAGCUAAUUACUGUAUUGUCAAGGCUUUCGGCUAUAACUCUCUUGUGACCGUCAUGCUCUUCGACUGUGCUACCAUCUUCUUCAUCGUUCUUUUGACCAUGUUCUACUUAAAGAUUCGCUACAAUUGGCGUCAUUUCUUGGGCAUCAUACUGUGCGUUGUUGGUGUAUCCCUUCAAGCCAUCACGGGAUACAAUAAGGAGGAAGGAAGACUCAUCGGCAACUUCUUGGGUAUCCUCUCCUCCAUCCUCUACGCCAUCAGCAACAUUGGCCAAGAAAAAGUGGUCAAAGAUUCGGGCAUUCUUGAAUUCUUGGCAUUCAUCGGGUUCUUCGGUGUUCAAAUAAGCGGCCUGCAAGUGUUGGCACUCGAACACCAGCAAAUUCUUCAAUUCAGAUGGAACUGGUCCGCGGUCGGACUCUUCCUAGGAUUUGUCUGCUUUAUGUAUGUCCUGUACAGCCUAACUCCUUAUAUCAUGAAAUUCGCUGGUUCCACUUGGUUUAACCUAUCAUUGCGCACUUCUAAUGGUAUUGGUGCCGUCUUCGAAAUCUACGUCUUUAAAAAAAACAUCUACCCGAUUUAUUGGCUGUUCUUGUCAAUCGUCAUAAUCGGAUUGUGCAUAUAUCAUAUCAACAAACCGCCGAAAACUAAAAAUCCAACUCGGGACCCCCAAAUACCCGCUGUGUAAAAUAAAAUAAAGCGCAAUAGUUGUAAGUUUCUCCUU